ACGAUCUACUCCAAUAUAAUAACAGCAGUACAAUUCUAACUCAAUUCAGUGCAAUAUACCAACUUUUUUUUAAAACUGGGAGCACCCUUAUCUCAGACUUUUCCCCAGUUUGUUGUUUUGAAGACAUGUUUGUUAUUAACUCGAGGUAACCCCAGUCUGUGUAAAGUUUUUUGGUCACGUGUGUGGUAAGAGUCCCGGGCUGUGAGCAGCAGCCCAGCAGUGGAGCUCCUCGGGGCGGACUCUCCCACUGUAACCACCGCCUCUUUCUCCAACUGCUCUGGGACAGAUUUAUGCUUCAGUGUUCUUAUUUAUGAGCACCAGUCCAACCUCCAGGACCCCUCUAGGUCGGUGUGACCGCACAACUGAGGUGUGAAGACGGCAUGGGAGUCCCCGUUUACCCGAGAUGACCGAUGGUUUGGUCAAAAUAAUCACUUCUUUUAAUCGCCAGAGAGGGAAACUUAAAACAGGACUUGUUUUUGGAGUUCCACCUCCUCCCCUCCUCUCUCCCCGUAGGAUUUGAUUCAAAGGCGAAAACCAAGAUGGCCGCCGAUUCCGUGCAGGGGGAUAACAGGGGCCAGAUGGUGGCGGAGCGACUGGGUCUGGGACACAACCUGGACCUGUCUGACACCAUGGUCCAACAGAAGCUGGACGAGAUCAAGGAGCAGAUCCGUCGGGAGAUCCGCAAGGAGCUGAAGAUCAAAGAAGGAGCUGAGAACCUACGAAAGGUCACCACAGACAAGAAGAGCCUGGCGUAUGUCGACAACAUGCUGAAAAAGUCAAACAAGAAGGUUGAGGAGCUUCACCAGGAGCUGCAAGAGCUCAACGCCCACAUCGUGGUCAAAGACCCCGAAGAACUGCUAGAUUGCCCUUUGACCCCAGAUACCCCCAACAGUGAGACGAGAAUGUGCACGAGCAGCAGCCGCCUGGCCGCCCUGAAAAGACAGAACGACAUCGAGCUCAAAGUCAAACAGGGAGCAGAGAACAUGAUUCUGAUGUACUCCAAUGGACCCUCCAAGGAUCGUAAGUUGUUAGCCACCGCUCAGCAGAUGCUCCAGGACAGCAAGACGAAGAUCGAGUUCAUCAGGAUGCAGAUCCUGAAGGCCAGCCAGGCCAGUGAGCUGAGCUUUGAGAGCAAUGAUGUGAUGGACAAGCCCAUUAUCAGCCCGCUGGACCUUCGUGUGGAGGAGCUGUGUCACCACGCAAAGAUAGAGUCCGCUGUAGCCGAGGGAGCCAAGAACGUCAUGAAACUCCUGGGCACGGGCAAAGUCACAGAAAAAAGGGCACAUUCAGAGGCACAGGCUCGCUUCAAUGAGUCCAGUCAGAAGCUGGACCUCCUGCGAUAUUCCUUGGAGCAGCGCCUCAACGAGCUGCCGAAAAACCACCCUCGCAGCAUCAGCAUCAUCGAAGAGCUGUCCCUGUUGUCCUCGCCGACUCUAAGUCCCAGAUCCAGCAUCAUCUCCACACAGAACCAGUACAGCACCGUGACCAAACCCGCCGCACUCACAGGCACGUUAGACGUCAGGCUCAUGGGCUGUCAGGACCUUCUGGAAAAUGUCCCUGGUCGUUCCAAAGCUGCAUCAGUCCCACUCCCGGGCUGGAGCCCCAGUGAGACGCGCUCAUCCUUCAUCAGUCGAGCAAACCGAAACCGCGGCGUGAGUUCACGGAACCUGACGAAGAGCGAAGAGCUUUCCAAUGAGAUCAGCGCCGUGUUGAAGCUUGAUAACACAGUAGUAGGACAGACAAGCUGGAAGCCAGUCAGUAACCAGGCCUGGGACCAGAAGUUUACAUUGGAGCUUGACCGGUCUCGUGAGCUGGAGAUCUCGGUGUACUGGCGGGACUGGCGUUCCCUCUGCGCUGUCAAGUUCCUGCGGCUGGAGGACUUCCUGGACAACCAGCGUCAUGGGAUGUGUCUGUAUCUCGAGCCACAGGGGAUGCUGUUUGCCGAGGUUACAUUUUUCAAUCCUGUCAUCGAGAGACGACCAAAACUGCAAAGACAAAAGAAAAUUUUCUCAAAGCAGCAAGGGAAAACCUUCCUGCGAGCCCCUCAGAUGAACAUCAACAUCGCCACGUGGGGCCGCCUGGUGAGGAGAGCCAUACCGACCGUCAGCACCAACUCGUUCAGCCCACAGGCGGCUGACACAGGGCCUAGCAGCCUUCCUGGUUCGCCCACACCCAGCAGUGACCCACUGGUGACCAAGCUGGACUUUGACAAAGAGCCCACUCCAGGACCCAAACACUACCCAGCACCUGACGACAUCCGAGAACCUCUAGUGCAGGACAAAAUGCCCAACAAAGAGGAGGUGCAGGAUGCUCUCGCCUCCUUCGACUUUUUAAACAAGAGAAACAGCAUAGCAGUGAAGCCCGACCUCGACAGAGUGGCGGAGCACGAAAUCCAGCAUCCAGACCUGGAGCUCAUCGCCUUCCAGAAAGACUCCGAGAUAAGAGAUGAAGAGCAGUUCCACUUCAGUCUCCAGGACUUUAAAUGUGUGGCCGUCCUCGGACGUGGACACUUUGGAAAGGUGUUGUUAGCAGAAUACAAGAGCACUGGAGAGAUGUUCGCUAUCAAAGCUCUGAAGAAAGGAGACAUUGUUGCUCGAGAUGAGGUGGACAGUCUGAUGUGCGAGAAGAGGAUUUUUGAAACAGUCAACAGCGUCCGCCACCCGUUCCUGGUCAACCUGUUUGCAUGUUUCCAGACGCAGGAGCAUGUUUGUUUUGUCAUGGAGUACGCUGCAGGUGGAGACCUGAUGAUGCAUAUCCACGCAGAUGUUUUCUCUGAGCCCAGGGCUGUGUUUUAUGCUGCCUGUGUCGUAUUGGGAUUACAGUUCCUGCAUGAACAUAAGAUUGUGUACAGAGAUUUGAAGCUGGAUAACCUGCUCCUGGACACAGAGGGCUACGUGAAGAUCGCUGACUUUGGGCUUUGCAAAGAAGGAAUGGGUUUUAGAGAUCGAACCAGCACGUUUUGUGGCACACCGGAGUUUCUGGCGCCUGAGGUUCUGACUGAAACGUCGUACACCCGAGCUGUGGACUGGUGGGGGCUGGGUGUCCUCAUCUUCGAGAUGCUGGUUGGAGAGUCGCCCUUCCCCGGUGACGAUGAGGAGGAGGUGUUUGACAGUAUCGUCAACGAUGAAGUCCGCUACCCACGGUUCCUCUCGACGGAGGCCAUCUCCAUCAUGAGGAGGCUUUUGAGGAGGAGUCCUGAGAGACGACUUGGAGCAGGAGAGAAGGAUGCAGAGGAGGUCAAGAAACAUCUAUUCUUCAGGAACAUGGAUUGGAACGGACUGUUGUCCAAGAAGGUGAAGCCGCCUUUCGUGCCGACCAUUCAGGGCACCAACGACGUCAGCAACUUCGACGAUGAAUUUACCUCAGAGGCUCCGAUCUUAACCCCGCCCAGGGAACCCCGAGUGCUGUGCUCCAAGGAGCAGAACCUGUUCUCUGACUUUGAUUACAUCGCUGACUGGUGUUAGCUUCACCUGACCCCCCCCACCCCCCCAUCCAUCGACUACACAGACACACAGAUACACACACACAGAGACAGACACACACACUGUGAACCAACAAACACAUCGAUGACUGCUUUCAUCAUUUUCAAACGUUCCUCUUUCUUUGCCCAAAACAUUGAGGAGGAGGAACAGACGUGGCUCCCUGAGCCUUCAAAACUCUGUGCCAUUGAGAAGAAAAGUCUCCUGAGGACCCCACUUAUUUUUUUAAUCCACAUGAAGAACUUUUUUUUUUUUUUUUUUAAGAAAAAAAAAACAAAAUUAACUCUGUUGUUGGAGAGUGAAGGAGGAGGAAGAUGUUUUGUCCUCCUGCACACGUCGCCGUGUCCAUUGUCUGACCACUGAGAAUGUUUUUCAUAUGAACUCUGAGAAGACGACAACUUUACAAUCAUCUUAUUCAGUGUCACCGUUGUCAGCUUUUUUUUGAUCUGUACAGAUUAUAUUCAGUCAUGUGUUUUAUUGUAUAUUUUUUUUUCGUGAUGUGCAAAGCCCUCGCCACAGCUUUAGGACAUUUUAUCUCACUGUAAAGUUUGACAUUUCUGCCAUGAUCAUGUCUCAAACUGGUGUUCAGUGAAUCAGAAGAGCUCAAAGCGUCAGCACUGAACGGCAACUAACAUCUUGACUACUACUGCUGCUUCAUGACUUGAAAUCUAAAGAGUCUUUACACUACAUGUCUUUAUGUUUAGAGGCCACAGCCAACAGAAACCCACUCAAUAAUGAUAGCUUCAAUUAAUAUUCCAUCCAGUGUUACUCAAUCUAUAAAACUAAUCACUAUCAUUUAGUUUUAUUUUGAAGAAGUCCAGAAUUAGAAAAACCCAUGUGUCAGAAGAAAUCAUGAAAACAUGUUCAUGUUGUGCCCUCUAGUGGCCGUGCAGCUCUGUGAUUGGAGCUGCUAUAACAUUAAAUUAAUGCCUUUGUCAGAGUGAAGAUCAAAACUAGUUUGUAUAUCAUUCCUCAGUGAACACGCUUCAUAAAUCUGAGAACAUCUUCUUGUUUACCUCAAAGUUUUCACACUAAAGUGGCUCACGUCAAAGCUACAGAAACCAAAUUGAUCCUGUCCCUGUGGAAGCAGCAGACCAACAACUCCUCAUGGUUCAAAUAGAAACCUGAUUGAUGGACUGAAAAUGAUGACAGAUAAGGUGAAGAAAUAUUCAGUAGAUGAGGGCUGAGCAGCUUUUUUUUUCUUUUUGGGAACAUCAACUCAGUGAUUCUGUCUAAAACGCCAUUUUCAAGUUCCCCACACUGUUCUGUGAUCAGUUGAAUUUUCAGUGAAACAGCUGAUGACUUUUUUGUCAUUCUUCAUGUUUUCCAUGAACUGACUCAAAUGUUGGAGACCUGUUGAAAUGAAUCACUACAGGGGAGGGCAGGGUAUAUUAUAUAUACAUACUGUAUGUACACAAUUAAGCUGAAAGCACUAAUUUUAUCAAUAGUUUUUAAUUAUCUAUGUUUCUUAAUGAUGAAAAUAGAUUGUAUAAAGUUUUUUUUAUUCUUCGCUUGUGCAUGUUGUUGCCAGAACAAACGAAAAUGUAAUGGAUGGUACACCAACACUCAAUCACAACUGUUGCUGUUCACCCCGGUGUAAAAAAAAAGACUUCAGUCGUCUGUUGCCCAUCAUGAAUGCACAAAUUAAACAUUUGUAAUAGUG